AGAAAAUCACAACUGCGCAGUCUGAUCAACAUGUUUAUAGACCUUUUAGUUUUUGUUACGUUAUACAACGUAGUAUUUUCAGCAACAAAUCUUAUAGAAAAUGGAGACUUUGAAAAUCCUAAUACUAUAGAUCCUUGGGAAUGUUUGGGUUGUAAACCAAAUGGAUUAAGGAAUAGUUAUAGUGGAGAUUGGAGUGUGAUGGUAACUCAAAGGGAUCAAAGUUUUUCGGCUUUGACACAACGCAUCCGAAGCUCUGGAGGAGAAAACUAUGUAUUUAAAAGCUACAUCAAACUUCUAAAGCUAGUUAGAGGAACUAUGUACACAGAUAUUCACGUUUAUGUGAAGUACACCGACCGUUAUGGAACAUAUAUUAAACAGAGGUUUGUGGAUUAUCCAAAAAUACAGAUAGGAUUUGAAUGGACCGAACUUAGUGGAGAUGUAUAUAUACCAAAUGGUAUUCAGUCAAACAAUUUUAACGUGUCUAUUGAAAUACCAGAGCAUGAAGUGGAUUUUAUGCUUGAUGAAGCAUCACUUACAGUAUUACCAAGGAAUUCUAGAUGGAAAGCACAGGCCAACUCUGAAAUUGAUCGACUUCGAAAGGCCACGCUUACAUUAACACCCGUUGCUCACCAUACCAGUUAUUACUAUUGUCAACACAAUGGCGGCUCUUAUUGUAUAGAUAUCAGUUAUAUGUACGUCGAGAUUAAACAAAAAAGGAGUCAGUUUCCAUUUGGUUCAACCAUACAACCAGACCUGUUAGUAAACGACUCUCUCACUAACUAUGGUCAGUUCAUGUACGACCAUUUCGAGAUGGGAGAAAUAGACAAUGGAAUACAAUGGAUAGACAUGGAAUCUGAUCAGAGACAGAUAGACAAUGAAACAUUAGUGCAAGCAAUGCAACGUCUUCAAAAUCAUAGGUUAAAAAGAUGGGGGAGUGGCUUAUUCUCUGCGUUGAGCAAAAGUAAUCCUGACUGGAUAUCUAAACUACCUCUUAGAGAUAUAAACCUUGCUAUUCAAGAUAGAAUUAAUUAUAUGGCUGCAUUGUUUAAUGGGAGUUUUGAAAACUUAGAUGUGUACAGUGAUGUAUUACAAGAUGAUUUCCUGGAGAUCUACACACAAUCAGCAAAUAUUACACAAGAGUUAUUCCUAAAAGCUAGACAAGGAUUUCCACAUGCCAGGUUGUUUUUAGAUGAAAGGAAUGUUCUCAAUAGUAGUUUACACACAACAGCAUAUGCUAAUAUGGCUAAGCGAUUAAAGAGCAUACAUACUCCAUAUUAUGGACUUGGUAUUAAAGCACAUUUUAACUCCAGUCACAUAGACAUGGAUGCCUUAAAGUACAGAAUUGAUAAAUUAGCUGAGGCAAGGUCACCAUUGUGGAUAUCAAGUCUUGCAUUUCAUAAAGACCCUGUUUCCUUACGAGCCCAACUGUUAGAUGAUGUGGUGACUCUUUUAUUCUCACGACCGGAAGUAGAAGGUAUAAUUUUAGACGACGUUUGGGGUCCGGAACAGAACAGUCAGGAUGCAGCAUUGGCAAAUGGACAAAAUUUACAGUAUAACCAAGCUGGACUCGUCUACCAAAACCGCUGGCAUACCCAUGAAACUCAUCGUUUCACCAGUUCAGUGACUGUUCGUGCAUACAAAGGAGAAUAUGAUAUCAUUGUAAGACGAGGAAGAAAUGGUCCAGUUGUUGGAACAAAGCAUGUGACACUAGGAAAUGGUGGACUUUCUCUGACAAUACAUGUCACAGGACAAGGGCAAAACUACGCUGUUUCGAAUGUUGUAUUUGGAUGAUAACAACAUAAUUGUAGAUACAAAGGAGAUAACAUUGAAUUCUUUGAAAUAAAAGUACAAAUUUCA